GUAACAUACAUAUUAUUCAAAGAUAGAGCAACAACUAAUAAGUACAAUGGCAUUGACAUCAUCAUCCCAAACUAAACCAAAUCAUCAUCCAUUUUUCUUGAUCCAAUUUCUACUAUGCAUAACUAUUUUUUCUUUAACCAUUAGUACUAAUGUUGUUGCCCUAACAACAACAAAAGAACAAGAAUUGGAUAAGAUAACAUCACUUCCAGGACAACCUAUGGUUACAUUUUCACAAUUUUCUGGCUAUGUUAAUGUCAAUGAAAGCCAUGGAAGAGCUUUGUUUUAUUGGUUGACAGAAGCUACUAAUCAUCCUCAAAAGAAACCUCUUGUUCUUUGGCUCAAUGGAGGUCCAGGUUGUUCAUCAGUUGCAUAUGGAGCAUCAGAAGAAAUAGGUCCAUUUAGAAUCAAUAAAAAUGGUUCUUCUCUUUAUUUAAACAAAUAUUCUUGGAAUAAAGUGGCAAAUAUACUCUUCUUGGAAUCUCCUGCUGGUGUUGGAUUUUCUUAUACAAAUACAAGCUCUGAUCUUGAAGAUUCUGGAGAUAAAAGAACAGCUCAGGACGCACUAAUAUUCCUCACCAGAUGGAUGUCAAGAUUUCCUCAAUAUAAAUAUAGAGAUUUUUAUAUUGCUGGCGAGAGUUAUGCAGGGCAUUAUGUUCCUCAAUUAGCAGAAGCAAUUUUCAAUUAUAACAAGAAAUUUUCACAUCCUAUCAUAAAUCUCAAAGGAUUUAUAGUUGGAAAUGCAGUUACUGAUAACAAAUAUGAUGGAAUUGGCACCGUGACAUAUUGGUGGAGCCACUCAAUGAUAUCAGACAAAACAUACAAAAAAAUCAUAAAUUUUUGCAAUUUCACAUCUGAAAAAUCCUCAAAAAAAUGUGAUGAAUCAGUGAGUUAUGCAGUGAACCAUGAAUUUGGUCACAUUGAUCAAUAUAGUAUUUAUACACCAUCUUGCAAAAUUAUGCAAAAUGAAACAAAUUUAAAUAAUAAUAAUAAGUAUGUUAGAUUCAAGAACACAAUUAUUCAUAGGAAAUUAUCUGGAUAUGAUCCUUGUACUGAGAAUUAUGCAGAAGAAUAUUAUAAUAGACAUGAUGUACAAAGAGCUAUGCAUGCUAAUGUCACUGGGAUUUCAUACAAAUGGACUGCUUGCAGUCUCUCUACUUCAUCUGACGUAGUGGCAAGGACUGCGCCGGGUGUCUAUCGGAAAUAACAUCUCUACUUCACCUAAGGUAGUGGUAUGGACUGCGUACACUUUACCCUUCCCAGAUCCCAUGUUAUGGGAAUACGCUGGGUAUGUUGUUGUUUUUGUAAGUUUAUGAAUUUUGAAUCAGACCCUUUUUUGCUUAUUUGAUUCUGAAUAGGUUAUUUAUAUGUACUAAAUGAAUUUUUUGAAGUAAAUAUAGGAUCUAGACUAAAGCUAUUAAGUUCUACCGAACCCAUCUAACUUUUAAGUGUAGAUCCGCCCGUUCUUGGCCAGGUUAUUCUUAUGUCCCACAUUGAUUGAGGAAAUGGAAGAGGAUCGGAGUCUUGCAGUAACUAGUAAAGUUACUGACAUGUGAUCGGUAGGUCACGGGUUCAAGCCUUGAAAACAGCCUCUGGCAGAAAUGCAAGGUAAGGUUGCGUACAAUAGAUCCUUAUGGUCGGGCCCUUCCGUGAACAGUCUCUGACAGAAAUGCAAGGUAAGGAUGCGUACAAUAGAUUCUUGUGGUACGGUCCUUCCCCGAACAGCCUCUAACAGAAAUGCAAGGUAAGGUUGCGUACCAUAGAUUCAUGUGGUCGGGCCCUUCUCGAACCCUACACAUAAUGGAAGCUUUAGUGCACCGAAUUGUCUUUUUUAUUGAUUUUAUCCAAUAUUAACCCCCAUAUGUUAAAUGUCCCACAAAUUGUGGUCCGGCUAUUCCUCGAAUUCUGUGCAUAACGGGAGUUUUAGUGAACCGAACUGUCCUUUAGGUCAGGUAUAUUGAUUUCCUUAAGUGGACAUUUUUGACAACUUUAUUUUUCUUUU